AUGAGCUACUCUUCGAUUCCGAAAGACCUGCGCGGUCUUAGAGCCUGCCUCAGCUGCUCCCUGAUCAAAUCCUUCGAUCAGUUCGAGAACGACGGCUGCGAGAACUGCGAGGAUUUCCUGCGCAUGCGCAACAACAGCGACAACGUCUUGGACUGCACUUCGAAAAAUUUCGACGGAAUGGUGGCAUCGAUGAGCCCGGCGGAGAGCUGGGUGGCCAAGUGGCAGAGGAUCGCCACCUUUUGCCCGGGGGUCUACGCCAUUUCCGUUUCCGGUCACCUCCCGCAUUCCAUCACCAAGGAGAUGAAGCGCAACGGCAUCAAUCUGCGUUCCAGAGACACCAGCCAGAGACACUAG